CCGCCGUGGUGUGUGUUCUGUUGUCAUCGAUCUCCUGCUUCUUUGUACCCAUCGGGCAACUAUUCACACGUCUGGACUUGGUUUUUUCUUCACUUGACCAUAACUACACAUCAGGGAAACUAAUAUUAAAAUUAAACAUCCAGUAAAAUGGAAGAAAAUGAAGAAGUUUGUGGACGGACGGUGGGGAAAAAGCAGAAACUUCGCAGGACGUCAUCGAGGACGUCCACCACCAGUAUUAUCAGCGCAGCCGAGCCGUCUCCGAAAACACUGCGGAGAAACAACUCCAAGAAACCUCCGCUACAAAGAGGCAGCUCCUUCACCUUUCUCACCCCUGGGACUCCGUGGGACUUCAGUCUAAAGAGAAAGCGCAAAGAGAAGGAGGAUGACACAGUCAGCCUGUCCAGCUUCGACCUCAAGGAACCCAGUAACAAGCGUGUCCGUCCUCUGGCCAAAGUUUCAUCCCUUGUCAACUUGAUAUCUCCUUCAAAGAAUGGAGCAGUGAGGCGCUUCGGCCAGACCAUCCAGUCUAUGUCGUUACGUGGCGACAGCAAGUCACCAGGGAUGUCCCUCAAAGCUGGCAGCAAGGCAGCAGGUCCCACGCCCACUAAACGCAGAAACAGCACGCUGUGGUCGGAGACGCUGGACGUCCAUCAGAAGAGCGCGUUCUCCACCAAAGAGAUCAAAAGACAAGAGGCAAUAUAUGAGCUUUACAGGGGAGAGCAGGAUCUCAUAGAAGAUCUCCAACUUGCACGAAAGGCAUACCAUGAUCCGAUGCUAAAGCUCUCCAUCAUGACAGAGGAGGAGCUGACUCACAUAUUUGGGGACCUGGAUGCCUACAUCCCUUUACAUGAGGACUUGCUGAUGAAACUGACGGAGGGAACUGGCUCCGAUGGAACAGUCGCUCAGAUCGGACAGAUAGUUAUUGACUGGCUGCCUGGUCUGAACGCUUACAAAGGCUACUGCAGCAACCAGCUAGCAGCCAAAGCCCUGCUGGACCAGAAAAAGCAGGACAGGCGAGUCCAGGACUUCCUGCAGCGCUGCCUGGAGUCGCCCUUCAGCAGGAAGCUGGACCUCUGGAGCUUCCUGGACAUCCCCCGGUCACGCCUGGUGAAAUAUCCACUGCUUCUGCGAGAGAUCCUCAGACACACUCCUCCUGAUCACCCAGACGUGCCCAGUCUGGAGAGAGCUAUCACUAUAAUCCAGGAGAUUCUGUCUGAUAUCAACGUGAGAAAAGGGGAGUCUGAGUGUCAGUAUUAUAUAGACAAACUGGAGUAUCUGGAUGAGAAGCAGCGGGAUCCUCUCAUAGAUAACUGUAAGACCCUGCUUUGUCACGGCGAGCUGCGGAACAAAAGUGGCUCGAGGCUGCAUGUGUUCCUCUUCUCUGAGCUGCUGGUUCUGACCCGACCGGUGACCCGCAACGACAGGAGCUGCUUCCAGGUGUAUCGACAGCCCAUCCCUGUUCAGGACUUGGCUCUAGAGGACCUGCAGGAUGGAGAGAUCCGCAUGGGUGGCUCCUUCAGAGGGGCUUUCACCAAUGGAGAGAAAGCUAAGAACGUUUUCCGUGUGAGCUCUCUGGAUCCCUCGCAUGGCCAGUCCCACACCCUGCAUGUGAACGACGUCUACCACAAACAGCAGUGGCUCAACUGUCUGCGCACUGCGAUGACUCAACAACAGGGCGCGGCCGUCAGAGCCAAGCGUCGCUCCUCCACUAUCUCAGCCACCAUCUCUGACGAGGAGGCAGACGAGAACUGUCCGCCUGUCUCUGGCCCCAAACUCAGGCCUCAAACACUCUCCAAAACCAGACUGGACCAGAAGUUACAAGGUUCAAUAAAGAGGAAGGAGACUGGAGUGUAGACAUUUAACCCGGCACAAGGUUUCUUCUCAGACACAUUUGUGCAACAUGUGUCCUCUUUUGUAACGUUGGUCUCUCAGUGAAUCUUCAUGCAACCAGUUUUUAUGCUUUUGUCUUUGUCUGUAGCUGCACUGAAAGAAAAGGUCUUUUCGAAUCAUUUCCGUCCAAAUGUAUUGUCAAAUUUUAGUCGUUUAAAAAAGUGUAGUUUACAAAAAAAGUGAUGUCAAUGUGACUGAAAUGUAUGUUUACAGCAGCUAAAUGUGUGUGAAAUUAGGAUUUUAUGUGUCUACCUACAUUUAAACAACUUUAUAUCACUCGUAGCUGAAUUUGUUUCAAUGUCCAUUCCAGUGUAGACACAGUUUGUUUUUUUACUGCACUGAAAAUGUCAGUGCAUCUAUGUUAUAGAUAGCAUGUGUGCAGUUUUAAGUGUUAUCUAUGCCACGAUAAGGGAUCAAGAAAAGGAGAAACUGUGGUCAGCUCUUUGUACAGGAAGCCAUUGGGUGAGUCAAGUCUAAAAAUGUUUGAGAUCAGAUGUAAGAUAAUGAGCAGAACGUGAGGAAGAACACUGACCAUGAAUAUGAGAACAAAAAAACAUUUCUUGGGGGAAAGAAACGAAUGAAUCUAGAUGUAUUCAGUGAAAUGUUGUUAAGCGGAAAAAAGAUAAAACAUUUAGUUUGAAUUUCAAAAGAGUCCAGAGUAUGAUUGACCAUGAGAUUGUAUGUUACAACACACCAAAAUUCUUGUUGUACUUGGAACCCUCACUCACUUCCUGUCACUGUUGACAGAGCAGUUUGACACUGUGUUGCAACAUUUGUCAGGCAAACAGAAGCUGAGGAAACCUCUAAAGUUUGCUCCUUUCCACUUAGUGUGUUAAAACCUGACAUAUCCUUAAUGUAGUUUUGUUAAUAUCAGAACAAUAGUCUUUUAUCACUUGAAACAAACACUGAAAACACACAAUUUUAAUUCAGAAGCAAGUUUAAAUUCAAUUUUCUACCUUCUUACUGUGGUUACUAUCAAAUGCUGCUGACCGCUUGGUGUUCAUACAUACUGCCCUCCAAUCAAGCUUGUUUUUGCUCUAAAAGACCUUGAAUACUUAAAGAAGGGGCUAUGAAAUGAUUUGUGCUGCAUUUAUGCGAGAUUUAUGUCAAUAAACUAGAGCUAAACAUCU